GGCUGGUCACGCCAGUGACAUCCGUCAUAUUCGUCUCUCCCUGCUCGUCUCUCCCCGCUCGUCCAUCCAUCCAUCCAUCCUCCCGUCCAUCCUCCCAUCCAGCCUCAAUGCUUCUUGAUAUAACCGCAGUUGUUGCCAGCACGACCAGUCUCAUCCGGUGCAGCACCGACGGUCCGCUCGGCGAACUGCUGCAAACUGCCCUCGGCCUUUUCGUCGUUGUCGAGUCCAUCCCCGAGGGAAGACGAACCUGGACGUUCUUUGCCAACUCGGCCCUGGCGGUCGUCCAAGCCCUUGCUUUGUCGCCGCUGGAUUCCCCGGCUGCAGCCGACCAUCUCGAUCGCAUCCGCCUCUUUUUCACCACGGCCUCCGAGUUCGCCACCGAGGUCGACGCCCAGCCCCGGACGCUCGGGAUCUUCAAGGGACAGAGGCUCCGGAAGCGCAUCGUGCGGCUCUGCGGCGAUCUGGAUGCUCUCUGGACCAGUGCCUCUGGCGCUCUUUCUGUCGACUGCCCGCACAAGCCAACACAGGAUGCCCUUCAGCAGGCCGUUCUUGCCGACGAAACCCGCGAACGGGAGGACCUCGACCGUAUUGCCCAGCUCCUCAAACAGCACGACGCCACCGCCCUCGACCAUGUCGGCAUUCGGCUGGAUCUGCCCGAGUGGCAUGUCCGUGAGUGCACCGCCUCGCUCUUCCAGCUCGUCGACGAUCCCUCGCUGCCCAGGCAGCUGGUCGACGGCACCGUCGCUCCGCUCCUCGAGCUGCUGCAGAGCCAGUCAGCCGUCGCCCGUUCGAUGAAGAGAGAGGCAUGGCGCAUCCCCCGGAGUGCAAUCGGCAAGUUCCCGCUGCAUCCGUUCGCCAGCGGCGGUUUUGGCCAAGUCUACAAGACAUCGUACUAUGGCUCUGAUGUGGCCGUCAAGCAGAUCCUGGUCCACUGUGGCGAGAAGGAAAUCGGCGACUUUCGCCGAGAAAUCGGGAUCUGGCACCGCCUCGGCCACCCGCAUGUCCUGCCGCUCAGCGGAGCAUGCGAUACGGCCGAGAAGCCCUUCAUGGUCUCUCCGUUCAUGCCGAACGGAACGCUCCGCCACUACGUCUCGGGCCGCACCACCCGCUCGCUGGAAGACAAGCUCAGGCUGGUGUACCAAGUGGCCUCGGGCAUGAGUUACCUCCACGGCAGCGGCGUCGUCCACGGCGACCUCAAGCCACUGAACAUCCUCAUCGACACCAGCUUCAAUGCCGUCAUCACCGACUUUGGAAUGUCUCGCACCAAGCACACAUCCGCCUCGAGCCGGGCCGCCUGCACGGACUCUGUCCAGGGUGGCACCCUCGACUACAUGGCGCCAGAGAUGCUCGACGACGAGCACGCCGUGGGAUCAUCCUACGCGACGGACAUCUAUGCCUUUGCCAUCGUGCUCUACGAGGUCCUCAAUGAUGGCAGGAGCGUAUGGCUCGCACGGGAUGGCCAGGAACUGCGGCCUGCGGCAGUCGAGCGCCAAGUAUGCCGCGGAUCUCGCCCGCAGCGGCUCGACGGAAUCCCAGACAGCCUGUGGUCUCUGAUCGAGCGCUGCUGGCACCAGGAUCCGGCACAGCGACCCAAGUUCAGCGAGAUCCUGGCAUCGCUCGAGCCAUUCAAAUCCACUCGGCCAUCCAUAGCCGCAAUCUCGCAAGCCGGAAUCUGUCCAGCGGGACUCGGCUAUCGCUCAGAGCUAUCUCUGAGCCAACUGGACGAUGCCGUAGCUGACAUUGUCGCUGGCUCCGCGUUCCAGGAUCUCUGCUCCGUCUAUCGCAUUCCACGGCCGAUUGUUGUCAAGGUGAUCAAGAACGACGCCGACGCUUGCCUCCGGGCUGCCCAGCGCAUCACGGAUAGCAAGGCGGUCACGGAUCCGUGCUGGGUUUUGGCUGCCCAGCUUUACAGGCAAAGUGCCGACGCCGGCAGCAUCGAAGCCAGCUUCCAAAUGGGAUGGUUGCGCCUGGUCGGCCUCGGACUCGAUCAGAGCGACGUUGACGCCUAUGUGCAUUGGGAAGAUGUAUACACCCGCAGCAACGACCCUGUGCUGAAGCCGAUCGCCACUCUGAUGCUUGGGUGGCUCCGGUUCCUGGGACGCGGAGUGGAGAAAGAUAGGCACAAGGGUCUCCAGCUCAUGCAUGAAAGCACGACCAGCGAGUUUUCGAUUGGCAAAGAGAGCCUGCAGGGAUGGCAGGUUCCGGCCUCGAUGACAGCGGCUGCAACAACGUUCUACAAGCUCUGCCUCCUCGGCUCGCCCCUCGAUCCUCUAUGCAAGUACCUCACCGACGUCUGCUCGUACCGAGGAUUCGGAGCUGCCUCGGACGCCACCUGCAUCGACGACAUCAUCCAGGCGGUGGUCGAUUUCGAGUCCUCUGACGACAACAGCAGAGCCUCGACCUGGUACGGCUGGGGCAUCGAGGAGAACAGCGCCGAUGUCUGUGUCCGAGUCGGCAAGCUCCUGACCGAGGGCAAGCCCCUGACGGAUCCGAGCUGGAUCAAGGCUGCCAAGCUCUUCCAACGAGGGGCCGACGAGGGACACAGCGACGGCGGCUACCAAAUGGGCUGGCUGCGCCAUCUGGGCAUUGCCGUCGACCAACGAGACGAAGAAGCGUUCGAGUACUGGCACGACACCUACCUGCUCUCGGCGGGUGCCGCCAUCGGGGCUUUCGCCGGGCUUUUGGUGCAGCUGUGCUAUAUCACCGGCCGUGGAACGGAGCGAGACUGGUUCAAGGCGCUCCAGAUCGAGCAGUCCCUCGACAGUGUCGCCGGCAACUCUGCACAGCACAUCGAGUUCCAUCGGUGGUGCGAACAGGGCUCUGCGACGGAUCCCUUUUGCAAGCUUCUGCUGGGGCUGUGCUUCUACCACGGAAUCGGGGUCGCUGAAGACCUGAGACAAGCCGCGGCGCUGUUCGAAGAGCAGGCGGGCCAAGGAGAUGCUACGGCGCAAGCCUGGACGGCCGAAUGCUACUUUUAUGGCGACGGAGUUCGCUGCGACUACCAAAAGGCAGUGUCGUGGUAUCUCCGGUCGGCGGAGAACGGGAGUCCGUGGGGCCAGUUCGAACUUGGGCUCUGCUACCACGUCGGCGCCGGCGUCCACCAGGACUCGGCUGAAGCCAUCCAGUGGUAUCGAAAGUCGGCCAAGCAGGGAUAUGACUUGGCAGCCUCGAUUCUCGAGAACCUCGGUGACGAUCCCUCUUCCUCGGCCACGGCAUCGGCCUCACUCUCGACGGCACAUGUCCAGUCUAUCCCAAGACACGAUACCAUCGUUUCGAUUCCAAGGGUCGGCUUGCCGUCGAACCAGCGCAUGAAGAUGCUUGGCGCAAAAGCAGGAGACGACACCGGCCGGAGCUCUGGCGGUGCUGAGGGCUCGGAUCACGGGUGGGUGUACGUUCUCAAUCUCGGCGGCAACGCAUGAUGCGGUCCAUGCGCACUUUCCAGCAAAUCCAAUGGCACGCCGGAAAUGUGGCCAGACAGCCACCAAACUGAUCACUUCCCACGGAGAGACGAACGAGAGCGUGUGAGCCAGGUUUUGAGGAGCAGCUGGAGGCCGUGGAGUCUUUGCACAGGCGAGUGGCGCUGUGUGCAUUGCUGUCGCCCACGAUAUGGGACACCUCGGUGUGAAUAUACCUCUGCCAGCACAAUGAAACAAAGCGACACUCGCCCCUCCUGCUGAGCACUUGCAACU